GGAGUACCGGCGGUGUGAGCGCGGUGCAGUCGGAUGUUGACGGGCCUGCUGCUGUGUGGCUCACGUUUCCAGCAGUCCCACGUCUUGCUAGAACUUUCCUGUCACUCUGGAAACACAGUCACAGCAAAGCCAUGGCAACGGAACGCUUCCCCGAUAGCUUCAUUGACGAAGAUCCACAGAAAGCUCUGCAGGCACUGAAUGAGGCCUUACAAGGAGACUCUGAGAACGCUGAGUGGUUUUGCCAGCGUGCCUAUGCCCACACACUUCUCAAAAACUACAGCUGUGCUGUCGAUGAUGCCAAAAAAGCACAGCAGCUACAGCCCAGCCUUCCCCUUGCUUUCAUGCGAACAGGAAUAGCAGAAUACCACCUUCACCGCUAUGAGUCAGCACAUGCAGCUUUCACUCAGGGACACCAACUGGAUGUUUCUGACAAAUCAUUUGAGAUCUGGAUCCAGCGCUGUGCGGAGGUGAUGGGAAAGCAGACACAGAUCGUCGACGACAACAAGCAGACGGCAACAGUUCCACAAGUGAAACAUGACUGGUACCAAACAGAAUCUCAAGUCAUCGUCACAGUCAUGGCAAAAAAUGUACCCAAGGAUGGUGUGUGUGCCAACUUCAUGGACAAAGAGCUCUCUGCCACGAUACAGCUGGUAUCAGGAGAGAACCACAGCCUCCACCUCCACCUCAUGCACCCCAUCGUCCCUCAACAGAGCAACUUCAAGAUCCUCUCCACCAAGGUGGAGUUCAAGAUGAAGAAGACGGAUGCCAUCAGAUGGGAGAAGCUGGAGGGAGAGGGACAGGAGUCCAACAUCAAACACUUUGAUCCUAAUCAGUACCCGUCAUCAUCCCUCCACACUUGUAAAUGGGACAAGGUGGUGGAGGACCUCACAGAGGAGGAGAAAGACGAGAAACUCGAGGGCGACGCAGCGCUCAACAAGCUCUUCCAGCAGAUCUACUGCGAUGGCUCAGACGAGGUCAAACGAGCCAUGAAUAAGUCCUUUAUGGAGUCAGGUGGUACAGUCCUGAGCACCAACUGGAAAGAUGUGGGCAAAAGAAAAGUGGAGAUGAACCCACCGGAAGACGUAGAGUUCAAGAAGUACUGAGCACCUCCUCCCUCUCUCUCUCUUUCUCCUCUGUUUGACAUCAUCUAUCUUCACUUUUGUCCAACUGAACUCCAGCAGGAGUCCUCAUCGCUCUGCAGUCUCCGUGACCAUCCACUUCUUUCUCUUCCCACCAAAAAAAAAAAAAUCAUCAGUCGUGCUGUUGCUCUGGUUUUCUCACUAAGUGCAGGGAGCCUCAAUGUUCCCACUUUCACUCGACCAAACCACUCAUGGCCUAUUCUCUGCAAUAACUCACUACCAGAUGGGGUCAGUUACUUUGAGUAAUCUGUUGAACGGAUUGAGUUAUCUGAAUUUUUUUUUUUUUUUUUUUUUUUUUAAGGCCUCAAAUGGACUCAAAAGAGAUUAAAAUGUGACUGACGGACCUGAAACACCCAAUUCAACGUUCAGAUCUGAUUUUAGAACAUCACUUUCACUCUGUCUCCAGUUUUUCUCAAAAUGCCCAAACGCCCACAGCCUUCCUAUUUGGGAGCUUUUUAUAACCUUGUGUAUAAAACUGUAAAGUUGUUCAGGAUAACCAAUUGAGAUGUUUGGAUAACAACCACGAUUAUAACUUGGCAAACUAGACUUGGCUGGAGUCUGUGUGACAUCUCAGCCCAGUGGAUUAGCACCGGUCGCUCCCUCAGUGUGAUUCAAGCUUCAGUGUAAAUAAAAGAUUUGUUGUUUGGCUCACAAA